AUGCAGUCAGCAGACUUGGAUUGUGUUGGGAAAAAUGGGGGUUGGACUCUCGAUUGGUACGUGGCCAUCUAUAAACCACUAAGAUACUUGACUAUCAUGAACCAAGGUGUGUGCAUGGCAUUAGUGUUCAGUGCAUGGCUGGGUGGGUUGGCUCACUCUGCUGUUCAGCUUGGACUGCUCCUCCAGUUACCAUUCUGUAGUCCAAAUCUCUUGGACAAUUUCUACUGUGAUGUCCCACAAGUCAUCCAAAUGGCCUGUAUUGACACUCACCUGGUAGAACUGCAGAUGAUCUUCAAUGGUGGGGUACUGCUCAUAAUAGCAUUCAUCAUGGUGCUGAUAUCCUACGCUUUCAUUUUAGUGAAGAUCAUGACACAUAUUACAGAAGGGAAACACAAGGCUCCAUCCACUUGUGGAACUCAAAUUACUGUGGUGCAUAUACAAUUCAUACCCAGCAUCUUUGUCUACACUCAGCCCUUCAAGCACUUCACCCUGGACAAGGUGGUUUCAGCCAUUUACACUGUAAUCACCCUGAUGCUGUACUUGAUGAUCUACACGCUGAGAAAUGCUGAGAUGAAGAAGGCCAUCAGGAGACUGAUGAGCAAAGUGCUGUGCUCAGGGAGGAAGAUAGAAGCAUAA